AUCUCAAACUCGGUCUUUGGUCUUUGUUGCGGCACAAGACACACACUCCACAGUUGCACCGUCGCACGCACAAAAAAAGGCCUUUGCUUUGCUUUCUUUCUAACAUCUCUCUCUCUCUCUCUCUCUCUUAUUAUAACUCAUCUAUGUUUUUUCAUCGAAGAAGCUCAAACAACCCCACCGCGCUCUCUUUGUCCUAAACCCAACAAACCCCACGUAAUUUUCCCGCAAACAAUCAAACCCCAUCUCUUAAUUUCACCCCAAAACCCGCCACUUUCUUCACUCUCUCAGAUCCAACACCUUCAACCAUCCAACACGUCCCAAUAAAAGCCAAACCAAGCUUUGUUUUUUCGCAUAUUUAUCCACUCUUUGCUCUGCGUUUCUCUUGUUGCCUCUGGGGUUGAAUGUGGUUUGGACAGAGAUACAGGGAAGCCGACACAGAGGCUUUGAGGUAAAAUAAGGAGGAAGACAUGGCGGGUCAGGUGGUGAAAGUGAAGAGGGAGACACUGGAGGCAUGCAUGACGUGCCCUCUUUGUAAUAAGCUAUUGAAGGAGGCUACAACCAUAUCACUCUGCCUUCAUACGUUUUGCAGGAAGUGCAUUUAUGAGAAGCUUUCAGAUGAGGAGGUGGACUGCUGUCCUGUAUGCAAUAUUGAUCUGGGCUGUCUACCAGUGGAAAAACUCAGGCCAGACCAUAAUUUGCAAGAUAUUAGAGCCAAGAUAUUUCCCCUUAAACGAAGGAAAAUCGAUGCACCUGAAAUUACUCCCGAAGUAACUCCAGAAGUUACUCAUGAAGUUACACCUUCAAUUUCAUUGCCAGUGAAAAGGAAGGAGAGAUCAUUAUCUUCAUUAGUAGUUAGUACCCCAAAAGUUCCAAUGCAGACUGGUUUGACUGGAAGGAGAUCAAGAGCUUUGACCAGAAAGGCUGCUGCUUUACGAGGAUGCAGUUUUUCUGCUGAAGAACCUAUGAAGAGAGAUGAUUCUACAGAAGAUCAUCCAAUGAGUUCUAGUUCAACUGAAUCUCUUGAUAGAGGUGCACGAAAUAAGAUGCAGGACUCGCCUGAGCCUUCACAUCAGCAAAACCCUAAUAGAGAUAUGAAUAAUGACGUUGAAAUAAUAGAAGGCAAAGCUGAUCUGUGGACACCCUUAAACUGUCUUGUAGAGGCUGCUAACCGAACCAAGUCUUCUAAGUCAAAUUCACAAGGGCUGUUCCAUGCCAAAUCAGAGCCACUCAAUGCCCUUGAUGGUGAACUUUAUAUGUCUGAAAAUAAGGCAGCAGAAGAAAAGUCACCAAAUGCUCUGGAUAGUGAUGCUUAUAUGCCUAAAACAAAACUAAAGGAGCCCGGACAAAGUGCAAGAGGAAAAAAUAACAGUAACGGGACAGGGGUUGCAGGACCGGUGAAAAAUAGAAGGUUGCGAGCAGGUAAUCGUAACAGGGUAGCUCCAUCUGGGGAGUCAAGUGCUUCGGCUCAAGCUAUGUUAGAUGCAUGUGGAGAUAAACAUAGCAGAAGAAAUAGUACUAUUUGGUUCUCCUUGGUUGCAACUGAAAAUUGGAAAGGAGAUGGUUCCUUGCCACAGAUACCAUCAUCUUACUUGAGAAUAAAGGAUGGUAAAAUACCUGUAUCAUUCAUCCAGAAGUACCUUGCGAAGAAACUUGAACUUAACAGCGAAGAUGAAGUGGAGAUAAUGUGCCGGGGUCAGUCAGUGCUUCCGACAUUGCAACUAGAAAACCUAGUAGAUCUCUGGUUUCGAACAGCAACAACACCAAAAAAGGUACCGGCAGUAGUUGGCUCCUCAGCCAAAGAUUUUGUGAUGACCCUCUCAUAUUGUCGAAGGGUCCAAAAUCCCUGAAAGAACCAAUAAAAGUUUCUCUUUUGUUUGUUGUCGUAGGGUCCAAAAUCCCUGAAAGAACCAAUAAAGUUUCUCGUGUUGUCUCCAUAGCCUACAACUUUCAAUAUUUAUAGUACCUGUUGUCGGAUUUACUGGUGUAUCAACAAAGUUCAUCUG